AUGCAAGUGCAGUGCAGUCUGAUUGUGUUUUUACUCGGAGCUUGCCUCCUGAUCGAUCAGUAUGUGUCCGGAGAGAAUAAAACAUGGAUACCCCAUCUCAAGAAGUUGCAGAGAGAUCUACAAGAGUGCUAUCAGUCUGGUGUCAGCCAGAGUCUGUGGUCAUGUUUCCGUUCGAGGAGUCUAAACAUCUUUGAGGGUAUUAUGACGGCUCCAGAGAUACCCAUUUACGAUGGAGUUCGUCUGGUGAUUGCCUUAGAUGCUGGCAAUAAUUCAUCAAGUUCUGAAGAUGAACGCAAGGAUUUAAAGCAUUUGACCUUCUUCGACCAAUUGGCUGUGAGUCUGGCCAAGGGCUUGACCACUCACACACUUCAGGUGAACCUAGGAAAACUCACAGAGCGAUAUCUCAGCAGUGAGACUUCCACCGCCGAUCAAGUGGGUAGUGCUCGGGUGAGGCGUCAUCGCUACAACAUGAUCAUCACCAUGAUGUUUGGAGUCACCGCUUUGGGAGCCAUCUUGGUGCCCAUGGGCUUCCAGAUGCUGUCCAUAGUGAGCGGCAAGGCUCUAUUGCUGGCCAAGAUGGCUCUGUUACUGGCCUCUAUAAAUGGAUUAAAGAGGGUUGCCAACAGUGGCCUUCACUAUGGACUCUAUCAUGUGCCAGGGGAGCAUUUGGGAGGCUACUAUGACAGAGGGGAUGUGAAUCAUCCCAGGAAUGUGCCCAUUCCAGUAGCUGUAGCCCCUUCCCUGGAUAUGGGGCUAUAA